ACACACACACACACUUACACACACACACUUAUUUAUGAGACGGUGAGGGUUUCCGGUGUCUGUGCGCGCGCGCUCCCCGCAGCGAGGCGCUGUUUUAAUUGCAGUCAGAUGGCGGCGCGCGCUCGGUGUAGAGUCCCGUGUGCGGUGCUGAGAAACUGGAGGAGGAGGAACAGUUACACACUCCGACAAACACAAACAACUGGAUAAAAUAAACCGAUUCAGUUCCCGCUGUGUGGAGUUUCACCGGAGACACGCACGAGACACGCACGCUGUGGAUUUGGAGAUUUGGAGCCCAGGCGCUCGCGCUCUACGGGUGGAAUGUUUCCUAUCACACAAUGCAACUUUUCCACUUCUCCCUGCUUUUCACUUUCAUCGCAGGUUUGAACACGUCAGAGGAAGGUCAUGAUCCAUCUCACAUUCCUCGCACGGUCUCCAACAGCGACCUCACUUCUUCCUCACGGGACGUUUCUCCGGCCCGAACCUCCUCGGACGUUUUCAGGGUCGGGAACGCUCACACGCUCGGGACUACAAUUCCAGGUCGGGGUGGAGAGUUCUCUGGAUCGGGCGAUAAGACCAAACUCCAUGUUGUUCCACAGGAAAGCCAACACAAUGGACAGGAAAAAGCUGGAAGUGUGAUCUCUGCCCUCGCUCACGCCGUCACGUUUACAGAAACGGAACAAGACUCGAGUCUCUCCAGUGCCGGAACACAAUGGCCAGAACGUUCCACCAGGACGCUGCCCACAGCCACGGGAGCCUAUUCAAAUACCAACAGGCUUUCAGAACACGCUACACGCACCAGUAAAACACCCCUGGAUACGCCCUCGGACCGCUCGGAUGCACCUGAUGCCCUCUCUCAGAGCUUUGACUCCACUGUCAUGUCAUCAGCACCUUCUCAUUUAACCACUUUUGAAAAUAAAGCUUCAGUAUCAGGAUUCGAUCUUCAUGCGUCCUUGAUCUCCUCGUCCACACCCGAUGAGACGGCUGAUCGUUCACGAGGAACCUCCAGGACUGAUCUCGUUCCUCCUCUGAAACAUUUGUACAAUAACGACAUGUACGAGGCCAUCACAAGCGAAGCAGAUGUUGUGAGAACAUCUGCGUACACGGACACAAGCCGACCGAACCACUUACACCGAGCCACUGACUUCACCAGUUUCACGUUUUAUCGAUACGUCUACGCUGUCGGUUUCCGCUCAGAUGCUUCGGAUUACGUUACUACUGUCUCACAGAAGAGGGCGGAGUCCUCCUCAUACACUCCCAUGUUUUACACCCAUUUCUCAAAAACAUACUCGACCCCAACUGCGACCCCGGCAUCACACACCACCUUCACAAAAUACACUACAGCCCACGAACAAACUUCCAACCUCCACGUGAGUGACUCUGAUACCCAGCACACGUCUUCACGUCUGGGAGAGUCACAUACGACUUCUGGUACAUCGAUGGGCCGGGAUUUCACCUCGUAUCCACCAAACACACCUGGUCAGGAUGAUCCGCUGAUCUCCACCUCGCUCCAUACCAGCUUCUUUCCAUCCACAACGAAGGAAAGUGAUCCAACCAUGACUCACAGUGGUCUGACCACAUCUCCAGCAGAUACCAGAGGUCACCUUGGAGCUGAAACGCAAAGUGGCCACAAGAUGGCGAGCACGAGAACAUCAGAGCAGAAUAGCACGUCUCACGUGUCGACUCAUAGCACCGAGUCUUCACCGACGACGUUUUCACGCUACACUUCGUCCACGUCCGGAGACGAUACUCCAUCACCUACGACUCCAAAUCCUUCUCCAUCACAACGUCUCACAUCUCCGUCCACACACGUUUAUUCCACUCAGACGAGUCUCCUUCAAAUGACGACGCAGAUCCUGAACCGUCUCACCACAAGCGCAAAUGUGCAGCCGCAUCAAACACCACCACAAGUGUACACAAACACUCGCUCUCAACCUGGAGAACACACACCUCCAUCACCUACCAUCACGCCAACGUCUUCACACCGCAUGCUCACUACAAAACCAGCCAAACACUGGUCACACAGGGGCCGGAUCUUCAUCACGGAGGACCAACCAGUAAUCGUCAACGUGGAAACGUUCCAGGUGCUCCUGCAGGUGAUCCUGGAGAAAAACUCCUCCUCAUAUGCAGGACUUGUGGAGGUGGCGCCAUUUUUACAAGCUGUAGCAGGAUUCCAAAGCCAGCAUGUGACCUGGCGCAGUGGUCCGGUUCUGCAGUCCGUGGUCACGUUCAGGACGGAGAAGGCGGUCUCCUGGCUGGGGAGGGCGGAGUCUCUCUUACAGGAGGCGGGGCUGAGACCACUUCCAACACAGGGGGUUUUUGUGAGUGGCGUCCGGGUGAAAAACAUCACAGUGGGAGGUCUGCACACUGAUGUGUGUUCCUGGUUGUUUUCUUGUCCAUCUGAUUUCUACUGUAUCUCCUCUGAGGGGAACAUCACCUGCAGGUCUGUGUGUCACUCUGAGUACUGUAAGAACCACGGCAUCUGUGUCCAUCAUUCUGGACAACGUCCACUCUGCCAGUGUCCUGUUGGUGAGGAUUUCUGGUUCAUGGGUCAGCGCUGUGACCUCCGUAUGACCAGACAGCGACUAGCUGGUGUGUGUUUUGGUGUUUUGGCCGCCAUCGCAGUGCUGAUGGGACUCCUGGCUUUCCUCGCUGUGCAGCGUUUUAAGAAAAUGCUUAUUCAAGCGAAAGCAGAGCAGACACAGAGCAGUUACCGCAGGUUUAACCACUUUGAUGAGCUCUCUGCACGUUUCUGGAGAAGAUCUUGGCCCGGUUCUGAGAACUCGCUGGACAACACUGCCUUCAGCCGCUCUGAUGAGUUACUGCACAUGAGAGCGAUGGACAGGGCCUGCUGUUACCAUGACGACACCCUCUCCAUCGCCUCCACCUACCCCGACAGCGUUACACACCUCAAUACGGUGUAUCCUAACAGCUCUCAGUAUCACUGGGACAUGAGCACGUGCAGCCUAGCGGACGGUGUGAUCGACUCCGGGAAGGCCAGUGACCUGUCUGUGUGCAGCUGGCCCAUCGAACCUAUCCAGUGGACGCCUUUCCCUUUACUGCAACAGCUCAGGAACUCAAACACGAUGAAGCCGCCUCGUCCUCGCUCGUGCUGUGAGGGAAUGGAGCUGGUGGGUCUGGAGAAGAGUCGCACGGCAUAGUGGGGGAUUAGUGAAGGUCAUAAAGGUCGUAACGCACUCGGGACUCGGGACACUGUGUGAACGCGCUUACUUGAAAUUAUAACUUAAUAAAAAACACAUUCGUUCUGUGGAA